AUGGUGGAGUUCUUGGACUCGCCCCACUUGCCGCUGCCCAUGAUCAUGUCCUUGCUGAUAUCGAGCGCGUCCCGCGGCGAUUGCAGACGAAGAGUGGGGCUCGUCGCUGGCACCCCGGACGAGACGGCGGGUGGGUCCGCCUUCAGCAACGUUGGGCUCGACGACGACUCUCCUGCUGCGGCUGCGGCUGCGGCUGGUGGCGGCAGCGGCGAUGAGGGGAGCAGCGUACCGCGGCCCGCGGCCCCGUCCACGCCAGUCGCCGUGCUCAGCAGGGAUGUGUGGUUUCCGUCCCUGCGGCGGCUGCGAGUGGUGGCGGAAGACGUGGCCGGCGGGAGCUGCGUGGUGAUGGUUGCGACGGGCGAGGAGUACGGCCACCGCAGGCGCGUGGAGCAGCUGCUGGCCAUCGUCAACGACGACCUGGGCUGGAACAUGAGCAACGACGCGCCGGGCGAGGAGGAGAAGAUCUUCAUCUUCGUGUCGAAGGCGAAGCAGGCGAUCGGGUGUCUCGUGGUGGAGCGAGUGGAGCAGGCCUUCCGCGUGGUGGGCGAGCAAGGAGACGAGUGCAGCACCCAGCCCGAACCGGCGGUCAUGGGCAUCUCGCGCAUCUGGGUGCACGAGGAGCACCGAAGGACGGGGGUGGCGACCAAGCUGCUCGACGCCGCACGGGCGCACUUCGUGUACGGGUACCCGGUGCGCAAGAGCGAGUGCGCAUUCACGCAGCCCACCCGGGACGGCCACUCCCUCGCCUCCCAAUACUUUGGCCUGAAGCAGUUCCUCGUGUACAAAUAG